AUGGCGUUAUCUGUUCCCUCUGGGGCCGAUCAACGGAAGCAGGUGCAUGGACUCGGCGAGCGCAGGCCCAUCCGCGGGGUGGGGGGGGAGCGGUCGUCAAGUGGCGGCUUAGGAGAUGCGGGGCCGCCGCGGGCGGCGACGACGCCGAGCAGGUACGAGUCGCAGAAGCGGCGGGACUGGAACACCUUCCUGCAGUACCUGCGGAACCACAAGCCGCCGCUGGCGCUGGCGCGCUGCAGCGGGGCUCACGUGAUCGAGUUCCUGCGCUACCUGGACCAGUUCGGGAAGACCAAGGUGCACGCGCCCGGGUGCGCCUUCUACGGGCAUCCCAGCCCGCCGGGGCCCUGCGCCUGCCCCCUGCGCCAGGCCUGGGGCUCCCUCGACGCCCUCAUCGGCCGCCUCCGCGCCGCCUACGAGGAAUCCGGCGGCACCCCCGAGACCAACCCCUUCGCCGCCCGCGCCGUCCGCAUCUACCUCCGCGACGUCCGCGAGAGCCAGGCCAAGGCCCGCGGCAUCCCCUACGAGAAGAAGAAGCGGAAGCGCGCGCCCCCCGCCGCCGGCCAACCCCAUCCGGCAGGUGAGUCUUCCUCUUCCACUGCUCUCAGCGGCGGGAGCUGUGGUUCUGGGGCCGGUGAGGGAUCUGGCCCUCCGCCCAGGGGCUCCUCUAGUUCCUGAGUUUCCGAGGCUCUCUCUGUCUCUCCCAGCCUCCAUCUCUCUUCUAUUUUUCUUGGUCGGUGUGAUAAGAGUCUCCCCACUUUGCCGCUAUCAGUGAGGAACGAAGGAUUCAGGAAAAAGAGAAGGAAGAGAUGACAACUCUGUGUCUCUCAAACUUCUUCGUAUUGAAUGUGAAGACUGUCGAUUUUAAUUGGUCGCCAUCUCUUUACUCCUUUUUCUUGUAUUCGCUCUCAAGAGAUAACAUUCAUUUGGUCGACUAGACAUGGUUAGCA